AUGGAGGGCGCCCAGGAGAAGGCUCUGGAGCCUAGCCCCUCCGCCCCCGGGUCCGAAGAGCCUUCAGGUUCUGUCAGAGGCCCCGAGGAUUUGCCUCCCGAGGAAUCCCAGGGCUGCGCCCGGCCCCCAGAGGCGGCCCGAAAGAAACUUUGUGGGUAUUUAAGUAAGUUUGGCGGCAAAGGGCCCAUCCGGGGCUGGAAAUCCCGCUGGUUCUUCUACGACGAGAAGAAAUGUCAUCUGUAUUAUUCGCGGACCGCGCAGGAUGCUAAUCCCUUGGACAGCAUCGACCUCUCCAGUGCAGUCUUUGACUGCAAGGGGGACGGUGAGGAGGGGACUUUCGAAAUCAAGACUCCCAGCCGAGUUAUAACCCUAAAGGCCGCCACCAAGCAAGUGAUGGUGUACUGGCUGCAGCAGCUGCAGAUGAAGCGCUGGGAGUUCCACAGCAGCCCACUGGCACCCGACGCCACGCUGGCUGGGAAUGGGCCUGCCUUGCACCUCGAGCUAGGGCAAGAGGAGGCAGAGCUGGAGGAGUUCCUGUGCCCUGUGAAAACACCCACUGGGCUCGUAGGCACAGCAGCUGCCUUGCAGCCGGUCCCUACCAUGCCCUUGGCCCUUCAGAAUAUUUCCCUCAAGCACCUGGGAACUGAAAUACAAAACACAAUGCACAACAUCCGUGGCAACAAGCAGGUACAAGGAACAGGCCGUGGACCUCCAGGGGAAGAGGCUCCACAGAGCGGGGAGCCUCAGAGGGAGGAGCAGCCUGUGGCCCCUGACCCCAGCACCCCAGUGAGAGAGCCAGCAGAUUCUCCAAAGCCUGUACCCAAGUCCUCUCUGACCACCAAUCUCAUUCAGAAAGCCAAGCGCCAGAACAGCACCUUCCCGCUCUUUUCCGAAGGACUCACAUGGAACCGAACUGCCCAGGAGAAAGUGGUGGCCUUGGAGCAACAGGUUCUGAUACUCACCAAGGAGUUAAACUCUCAGAAGGAGCUGGUGAGGGUCCUGCAUAAGGCACUGGAGGCUGCCCAGCAGGAGAAGAGGGCGUCCAGUGCAUACCUGGCAGCAGCUGAGGACAAGGACCGGCUGGAGCUAGUGCGACACAAAGUUCGGCAGAUCGCAGAGCUGGGCAGGCGGGUGGAGGCGCUGGAGCAGGAACGCGAGUGUCUGGCCCGGGAACUGAGCCUGCGUGAGGAGCAGGUGCAGGAGCUGCAGCAGCACGCACAGCUGCUCAUGGACAAGAACCAGGCCAAGCAGCAGGUCAUCUGCCAGCUCUCUGAGAAGGUCACCCGGGACUUCAUGCACCUCCCUGACCCUGCUGACAGGGACCCCCUGAGCCAGCAGGAGACUAUAGAGCACUUGAAGGAUGACAUGGAAGCCUACCGGACCCAGAACCGCUUCCUGAACUCCGAGAUCCACCAGGUCACAAAGAUCUGGAGAAAGGUGGCUGAGAAGGAGAAGGCCCUCCUGAUGAAGUGUGCCUACCUGCAAGCCAGGAACUGCCAGGUGGAAAGCAAGUACCUGGCGGGGCUGCGGAGGCUACAGGAGGCCGUGGGAGACGAAGCCAGCAAGUAUGCAUGUGCGGAGCUGCUGAGGCAGCUCACCCAGGAGGCUCUGCAGUGGGAAGCUGGCGAGACUUCUGACAGCAUGGAGCCAAGCCCCAUCAGUGAAUAUGACGAAUAUGGCUUCCUGAGGGUGCCUGACUAUGAUGUGGAGGACGUGAAGCUGCUGGCUAAGAUCCAGGCACUGGAGGUGCGUUCUCACCACCUGCUGGGCCUCCAGGCGGUGGAGCGGCCACUGCGGGAACGCUGGGCUGCCCUGGGUGAGCUCAUGCCUUCGGCCGAGCUCAAGCAGCUGCUGCGGGCAGGAGUGCCCCACGAGCACCGGCCACGCGUCUGGAGGUGGCUGGUCCAUCUCCGCGUCCAGCACCUACACACACCUGGCUACUACCAGGAGCUUCUGAGCCGGAGCCAGGCCAGUGAGCACCCUGCCGCCCGCCAGAUCGAGCUGGACCUGAACCGUACCUUCCCCAACAACAAGCACUUCACCUGCCCUACCUCCAGCUUCCCGGACAAGCUCCGCCGGCUGCUGCUCGCCUUCUCCUGGCAGAACCCCACAAUCGGCUACUGCCAGGGCCUAAACAGGCUGGCAGCCAUUGCUCUACUGGUCCUAGAAGAUGAGGAGAAUGCCUUCUGGUGCCUGGUGGCCAUUGUGGAGACCAUAUUGCCAGCUGAUUACUACAGCAAGAUGCUAAUGGCAUCCCAGGUGGACCAGCGGGUGCUCCAGGACCUCCUCUCAGAGAAGCUGCCCAGGCUGAUGGCCCACCUGAGGCAGUACCGUGUGGACCUGUCCCUCAUCACCUUCAACUGGUUCCUUGUGGUCUUUGCAGACAGCCUCAUCAGUGACAUCCUCUUCCGGGUCUGGGAUGCCUUCCUGUAUGAGGGGACCAAGGUGGUGUUUCGCUAUGCCCUGGCCAUCUUCAAGUACAACGAGGAGGAGAUUCUGAGGCUGCAGGACAGCCUAGAGAUCUACCAAUUCCUGCGCCUUUUCACCAAGACCAUCUGCAACAGCCGGAAGCUGAUGAACAUCGCCUUCAAUGACAUGAACCCCUUUUCCAUGAAGCAGCUGCGGCAGCUGCGGUCGGUCCACCGGGAGCGGCUGGAAAUUGAGCUGCGGGAACUGGAGCAGCUUAAGGCCGAGUACUUAGAAAAGCGGGCAUCUCGGGCCAGAGCAGUGCCCGAGGGCUGCGCCAGUGAGGACGAGGGGGCGGGGGAGGCCUGACUUGGCCAUCGUCACCCUUGGCUGGCAGGUCCUUGGAAGUUGCCCAUCACCACGUGACUAUGGACAAGUCCCUUCCCCUCUCUGGGCCUCAGUCUCCCCUUUGAGACAUUGUCUGCUGCAAAGCCAUUGGUUAGGUUACCUCUUCCUGGGCACUUUCCAGAGAUGCCAGUCCUUUCUUACCUCCCACAGAGCACUUUAGCAUGUAGACAAGCAAGAGUGCUGUCUUUAUAGGAUAAGCUUGAACACUCUCUAGGUUUUAUCAUUAUAAAACAAUGUAAAUGUUGGAAAU